AUGAGCUUUAGGAAGGGUUUUCUGAUGCCUCAAGAUAGUGGAGGCUUUCAGCCUGGGAGUUCUUGGAGUCCUGUUACUCCAGAAAAGCCAGUAACAAGAAAUAAUGGAGUCAUUCAACAUGGGAGCCACUGGAUUCCCGCGACUCCAGAGGCAGCAGUGAGAAAUGAUAGAGCCCUUCACGGAGGGGAAUCUUGGAUUCCGUUGACUCCAGGAAAUGCAGGAAUGCAAGCAUCACAUCCGGUUGCUAAUCAAAUGCAAAGGAGCCUGCUAAAUGGAAUGAAUCCGCAUGAACUGCUUGGGUCACAGCAUAGAAUUUCAGUACAACAGCCAGUUAUGCAAACAGCUUAUCCAACACUAGACCAAGUGCAAGGUCAUCAGACAGGGAGCGAAAGCUGGAAAGAUAUAGUUGGAUUUUGCCAGGGAGUUUUACAAGAGACAUCAGCAUCUGGGGCAUCUCAUGAUUUCAGUCCAACUGUGUCAUCAGUUCAUGGCGAGCAUAAUAAAAAGGAAGCUCCUGUCAGGACCAAUGGACUUUACAAUCAAAGUUCCAAUUCAUACAUGCAAAAUUGGAUAAAAGAUGUUAAUCGAGAGGAAAGAAGAGUUAUUCAAGCUACAAACAAGCUUCCUUUGGUAAAUCCAUAUCGAGCUACUGGAAAUGAGCGGGCAAAGUUUGAAUAUGAUAACUCAAUGCUUCCACCACAGAAGCAAGCCUUUACUUCCAACCAAGGCAUCAUCACUUCCGGUCUACAAAGUAUGCAAAGUGAUGAAAUUCCUAUCAGAUACAGUCAUGUAUGCAACCUAAACUCACCUCCCAGGGAAGAAUCUUCUGCGGUGUCAUGUGCAGCCUAUCACUUUCAGUCUGCUCCAGAAACUCCAGACCAGGGAAAGCAGUUGCAAAGUCACCACCUUUCUGAUGCUCAAAAUUUUCCCUCAAAUGGAAGUAUGAGACAACAAAAAGAUAACCAGGAGCUUGCUUCUAAAAGUAAUUAUGGUGACAACCUCUUGGAUGAACUCUUGGACAAUGAUGUAGUCACACUACCAGUUUCUAAUACAACCUCACUGAAGGAAAAUGAUAUUUCUGGAGAUGGAGGACAUAUGGGUAUUGACCUGAACAAGACCCCCCAACAAAGGACUCCUAGAAGGAAGAAGCACAGGCCAAAGGUGGUAGUUGAAGGAAAGCCCAAAAAGAACCCCAAGCCAACUGCCGUGGAAACUAAAGUUUCAGGUGAGAAUCCUUCAGGAAAAAGGAAAUAUGUGCGGAGCAAAGCCAAUGGAACCUCAAAUUCAACGCCAGGAAAUGAAAACCUUGGAACUGAUACUCCUGCUCCAAGUUCUGCAGCAAAAUCAUGUCGUAGAGUGCUAAAUUUUGACCUGGAGGGUAAGAUUAAUGACAAUGCUAACAAGAUGGUUUCUGAUAUGCAACAAACAAGCCUUAAGAGUAGGCCUUUUGAUUUGAACUUGAAAUCUCAAGACACAGUUUGGUCAAAGGAAUUCGACCGAAUACCCGACAUAUCAGCUCCAAUGGUGGGGCAACAAAUUGGACGCAAUUCUGACAUACAGCAAGACAUAAGCAGUCACCAUCCCAUUGGUGAUAACUAUACAAACAUUGCUGCAAAGGGACCACCACCUGUCCAUCCAGUACCAACAACCACAUUAAGGGGCCAUACCCUUGAUAGCAUUGCAAGGAGUUUAAACCUGCAAACAACUGUUUCAUGCCAAAACAAUGACCAGUUUGGGUUCAUUCAAGGCCAUCAACCCUUGAAAAGAGAAGGAACUGGAAAGAUGCUCCUUCAAGCUAAUUCUAGUUUGUCUAACUUCUAUGGUUCUCAGCCACUGUACUUGCGGAGCUCGACUGCAUGCAUGAAGGAAAUUGCAGAGGAUAAAGUGGAAAGAGGAUCCAAAAGAGAUUACUGCCACACUUCCCAGAUAAUGAAUCCCCAACCGGCUGGCUUGAUACCUUUCAAAGUCUUGCAUCAUGAGACAUGGAGGACGGAGCAGACUAAUGAAAUUGGCAAAACUGGAGUAGUUGCUGCAGAAACUAACAAGAGAAGAAAAUUUGAAGAUGCACGUGCUGGAGUUUUAUCCAGUCUGCCCUCUUGUUUUGCAUCUGUUCAAGGUAGUUCAAGAAUAGUGGAACUUAAAGGCUGCACAAGUAGCCAGAAAAGCAGCUUCUCAUCCUAUCCGUGUGGUCCGUUGCCAAAUGUUAACCUUGGGAAGUGGAGCAACAUCAGGAAGCAUAAUACUGGUGGUAGUGAGAUCCUUUCCAACGAGGGCAUUGACAUUGCAACUGCUGGUAAUGGUUUCAAAGAUCAAAUGGCAUCAAGAGCACUCCAAAAUCUUAGCUUUCUGAUGGCAGGAAAAAUGCUUCACCCCAGUGCAGAAGCUGAUAACCUUUAUGUCACAACUGGAAUAACAGAUCGUGUAGUACAUCCAGGUCAAAGAGUUCCAGCAACAACUCAAGGAAAUGGGACUAGAACUUCUCCAAUUGAUCUGUCAUUGAUGCAUUCAAUUAAACCUGCAGCUUCUGUCCAAGCUAGUCAGGAAAAACUGCAUCUGAAUGUGAACAAGAAACCGUUGCUUAGUCAGAAGUCCCCCAAGAAAAUAAAAGAGCGGAAGGAGAGAGAGAACCAUGCAGUUACAAUUAAUGAAAUAAUUGACAGACUCGAGGGAUUAGAAAUCAGUAAAAGGGGCAAAAAUUUGGCUGCAAAGGAGCAAAAUGCCAUUGUUCCAUACAAAGGAGAUGAUAGAGUUGUUCCUUAUGAAGUAUUUGAUCCAAUCAAAAGACACAGGCCAAGACCUAAGGUUGACCUUGACCCAGAAACCAAUAGAAUUUGGAAUAUCCUGAUGGGUAAGGCUGGAUCUGACCACACAGAAACAGCAGGCAAUGAAAAGGAAAAGGAAAAAUGGUGGGAAGAAGAGAGGAAGGUGGUUCGCGGACGAAUAGACUCAUUCAUUGCUCGAAUGCAUCUAGUUCAAGGAGAUCGGCGGUUCUCCGUUUGGAAAGGAUCAGUUGUUGAUUCAGUUAUUGGAGUAUUUCUCACACAGAAUGUUUCAGACCAUCUCUCCAGUUCGGCUUUCAUAUCUCUGGCAUCCAAAUUCUCGGUCCAAUUAACAAACUCCAAAUCUACUCCCCGCAAAUAUGAGUCAAUUUCAUGGAUUGAGCAUGAUGUUCAGACAGUAAAUCCGGAUGGCAUCAUCGCAUAUCAUGGGAGCAAGAUGAGAUAUCCAUUUUACCAACAAAACUCAAUGAUAUUGAGUGCCUCUCCGGAGAAAAUACCAGAGCAUCUCAUUUCAGGAACUGUUAAUUAUUUGAAUGAAAAUAACAGUGGCACAGAGGAAGAAGUGGUAUCCUCCCAAAAUUCUUCUGACUCUUUUCCUCAAUCUACUAAAUACAUGAGAUCUAGUUCAGACUCAGAAGUUGAAGAUCAGAUGGUGACGUACAACUCCAAAAAAUGCUGUAUUUCAGAAAGUACACCAAAAAUUGAAACAUUUGCUAGGUAUCAGCAACAUCAAUGUCAACAGCAUGUAGGUAAUUUGCUCCGUAAGAAUCCCAUGUCCAGGACCCAACAACAUGCAAAUCCUGCUUGCAACUGCUCAAAUCCCUCAAUAAAUUGUGGCAGUAAUGAGUAUUCUUACCCUGUCAAUUCAGAUUCCUUAGUCCUCCAAGGAUCCCUUCCUCCUUCCAGUGUUUCCUGGUUGAACAAGGCAACAUACACCGGAGUGAAUGAGUCUUACUACUCAGGAUUCUCAGAAAAUAAGACCACGUCUUCAUUUUGUUCAAAUUCUUCUGAGAUCACCAAUAUUGGCAAUGCAGCCCAUGCAGGUAAAAACAUAGGAGUCAUAGCAGGAAGUGCAAAUUGCUCAACUACACAAGAAACAAGGACACCAAUCAAUCAUGAAAUAAGAAUGGGCCAGACUCAAUGUUCAAAUCAACACCAUGAAGAAAAGUUACAACCAGGAUUUCACUUUGGAAGUAGUCAAGAGUCUGUUAACAGUCACCAGACACAACCAUCCAAGAGUGUUCAACAGGAAAGGAAGCCACUGUUGGAGCCCAAAAGACUUGAUGCAGCAGAUGUUAAAGGGAAAACAGGCGAAACUUACUUUUCUGGGGAACAAUUUGGCAAUACAGACGCCAAUAUUCCCAAUGCAAAAAAGAGGAAGCAGAAUGUGGAUAAGAAACAAGAGUUUGAUUGGGAUAGCUUGAGAAGGAAGGUGCUGGCAAAGAUUGGGAAAAUAGAAAGAACCCAAGAAAACAUGGACUCGCUGGAUUAUGAAGCUCUGAGGCAUGCUGAUGUUAAGACAAUUUCUGAUACUAUCCUGGAAAGAGGAAUGAAUAAUAUGUUGGCCGAGAGAAUAAAGGAUUUCCUCAAUCGACUGAUCAGGGAUCACGGAAGCAUUGACCUUGAAUGGUUACGGGAGGUCGAAGGAGAUGAAGCCAAGGAUUACCUGUUGAGUAUCCGAGGACUGGGAUUAAAAAGUGUAGAGUGCGUACGGUUAUUAACACUUCAUCAAGUAGCAUUCCCAGUUGACACCAAUGUUGGGAGGAUUGCGGUGCGUCUUGGAUGGGUUCCUCUCCAACCACUUCCUGAGUCAUUGCAGCUGCAUCUGCUUGAGCUGUAUCCAAUAUUAGAGUCGGUUCAGAAAUAUCUAUGGCCUAGACUUUGUAAGCUGGAUCAGAGAACCCUGUAUGAAUUACAUUAUCAGUUGAUCACAUUUGGAAAGGUGUUUUGCACAAAGAGAAAACCCAACUGCAAUGCAUGUCCAAUGAGAGCUGAAUGCAGGCACUUUGCAAGUGCAUUUGCAAGUGCAAGGCUUGCCUUACCAGGGCCAGAAGAAAGGAGCCUGGUCAACAUAACUACCCCUGCUGCUGUAAAUGAAAUCCCUCCCAUCAGAGUUGAGUCUAUUCCUUUGCUUCCUGCGGAAACAAGUUUUGGCAGAGAACUACAUUAUAGUGGGAGCAAGUACGAACCAAUAGUAGAGGAACCUGCCUCGCCAGAGCCAUCACCAGAAGCGCCAGAAAGUGAUAUUGAAGAUCUUUUCUAUGAAGACCCUGAUGAAAUCCCAACAAUUAAGCUCAGCUUAGAAGAUCUAAAGGUGAAUUUGGAGAGUGUCAUCCGAGACCAGAAUAUGGAGUUGCAACCAGGUGACCUGUCCAUGGCUUUGGUAGCUUUGGAUGCAUCAACAGCUUCAAUUCCUGUUCCAAAGUUAAAAAAUGCCAGCCGAUUGCGAACAGAGCACCAAGUUUAUGAGCUUCCAGAUUCUCAUCCACUCCUAAAAGAGAUGGAAAGACGAGAACCGGAUGAUCCAAGUCCAUACCUUCUUGCGAUAUGGGGUCCAGGUGAAACAGCAGAUUCAAGUCAACCUCCUGAAGGCUGUUCUUCUAGUUAUGUGAAUGAAAAUAAUUCACAGACAGUGAGAGGCACCCUUUUGAUACCCUGUCGGACAGCUAUGAGGGGGAGCUUCCCACUGAAUGGGACUUACUUCCAAGUAAAUGAGAUGUUUGCCGAUCAUGAAUCUAGUAGGAAUCCCAUUAAUGUUCCAAGAGACUGGAUUUGGCAACUUCCAAGACGCACUGUUUACUUUGGGACAUCUGUCACUAGUAUAUUUCGAGGAUUGACAACAGAAGGAAUUCAAUACUGCUUCUGGAGAGGAUUUGUGUGUGUUAGGGGAUUUGACAGGCAAAUGAGAGCGCCGCGGCCUCUCAACAGGAGGUUGCACGAAGCUGCAAGUAGGACGGACAAGAAUAAGAACAGCAGCAAUGGCAACCAAAAGAAAACCAAUGCUGAAGAAACAGCAAAAAAGAAGGCAAACUAA